AUGGUUCUGAAAAUCCGUCUCGCGCGCUUCGGCAAGCGCCAUGCGCCCUUCUACAACAUCGUCGUCGCCCAUGCCCGAACCGCACGCGGCAGCAAACCUCUCGAAGUCCUCGGCACAUACGAUCCCAUCCCGAAAACCCCUACCGACGGCAACGAGACGGCCAAGAAGUUCAAGGACAUCAAGCUCGAUAUCCACCGCGCAAAGUACUGGUUGGGUGUUGGCGCUCAACCGAGUGAACCCGCUUGGAGGUUGCUCAGCAUGGUCAGUUCUGUUCCACCAGCAGACGAUGAGAAUACGGAAGAGAAGAAGAUACGAGCGAUGAGAAUACGGAAGAGAAGAAGAUACGAGCACAGAGUCGCGAGGACUCUCGAAGAGACAAUCAAAAAGGGAAACGAUCCUGGAAAGAGCAUCUGCUAA